CGUGUCUGGGAGCUGCUGUUGAGAGGUACUAGUAGUCUAGAGAUUGGGACAUGGGGUAUAUGCUCAGCUAUCUGUAUAAUGCUAUAGUGCUGUUCUCUGUAUAAUAUCCUGGGACAGUCAGUGUUACCUGUAUAGUGAUGCUCUCUGUCUUGGGAUAUUAUACAUAAACAGACCUGUAUUAUACAGAGAGCAGCACUAUACAGGGAGCACUGACUGUCCCGGGAUAUUAUACGCACAGCCAUGUAUUAUACAGAGAGCAGCACUAUACAGGGAGCACUGACUGUCCCGGGAUAUUAUACGCACAGCCAUGUAUUAUACAGAGAGAGCACUGACUGUCCAGGGAUAUUAUACACAGACAGUAGUUGAUAGGUGUGCUGCAAAAUGUCCUUGGAAUUUUUUUUUCAAAUGAUGGCAACUAUGGCACUGUAUCAAGUGAAAUGUGUUUGUUUUUUUAAUAAUCCCUGUUGGAAAAUUAUGAAUUCUCCACCUGGGAUUAUUUAAAAAAAAACAAAAAAAACAUUGUGUCGGGGGUGGGGCUUAACAUGUGGCAGGGGCUGGGUUAAACUGCGGUGAGGACGGGGUUAAAUGUGCCCCCCUACAUUUGUCUCUGGCCCACCAUGUGCCCCCCCUAAAAAUGAAUCCUAGAGAUGCCACUGCCUCUGUCCCCCACUCCCUACCACUCUCCCCUACCCAUCUCAAAGCACAUGCAUGCACUCUAAACCAGUGAAGUGGUCCAAUCGAAUGCUUCUCUGUGAAAAGCAUUUAAUUGGACAGAGGUAGGGUCUCAUUUAUGGCUGGAGUGAUGGGGUGUGGAAUCCAAAGAAUGGAGCUUUGCUCUGCACUGGGUUCCAGAUAAGUUUAGAGCUCCAUGGCCAGUUAUUAAAGGUACACCUAAUGAAUAAUGCCAGUAGUGCAUUCUAAAGUUUAAAAAAAUAAAAUGUUAGAAUAACCCUUUAAAGAGAUAAAGCUGUAUUCUUAGCACUAUAGCUCCCUCUGCCCACCCCCUACUUUUUGCUUUGCCCCUCCCUGGCAGAGUAAGGGUUAGAAAUUAGAAUACCCUUUCUGUAUUUACCAAAACUAGUGCCGAUGCACUAAUGCUUUUCUAUGAGGUUUUGCUUGACGCUGUACGUCCUCAUGCAGAGCGUCCGUUAGGCAUACAAAAGUUGUCUAACAAGCAGGAAGUGCCCCUAGUGACUGCACAGCGCACACACAAACAAAUCACCUACCUUAGCAAUUAAAUAUGGGGAUUCGGUUCCUAAUCCUUCCUGUCACUGCCAAGAAUAAAGACAGACGCAGGUUCCAGGGAAUUAAGCCACACUGCCCGUACAUUCUGGAACUCUUUACCAUACGCAAUCAGAGAGGCACCGUCCUUACAGACUUUUAAAAAAAACAUAAAGGCCCACCUCUUCCAUCAGGCAUUCAGUCCGCUCAGCAGACCUUCAGAAACUCCUAACUUUUAUGUCUUUAUUUUUGUAUACUCGUAAAGUGCUUUGAGUCUCACAGGGAGAAAAAGUGCUAUAAAAAUUGCAAAUUAUUAUUAUUUUUUCAUUAUAUGACCAUAUUGUGUUAGGCCCACCACUAUGUCACAAUACCCCAAUAUCGGUGGGUCCUACACUACAAGCUAACUUGCAGUAAUUACUUGCAGUUUAACAGAGACAUUGCACCCAGCCCACUUCAAUGAGCUGAAGUGGGCUUUGCCAAGAAUACGCAAUCCAGUUUUCAUCAAACAACUAUUUAAUAUUCGGUCCUGGACUUCUAACCCAUUUUUGGGACAGGUUUCUAUGUACAAGGCAUUAAUAUAGUAACUGAUUCCUCCAUUGUAGAAAUAGUUAAAUGACCUAUGAUUCUGUUAUAAUGCAAUAUAUUGUUUGCUAAAAUAAAUUCAUCGAAAAUCCAUUUAUUACACUCUUAGCAAAGUCAAGUGGGGUUUCCACCACACUGGGUCAGAUAAAUAGUACGUGCCUGCGUGAACCAAUGGUAACCCACUAAAUUAACAUGGGAACAAGGACCUCUGGUAUUACUUGUCCUUGUGAUCCAUACUUCUGUAGACCAAAGAUAACCGAUAUUCCUGCUAAGCUACUUUAAGAACCUCUUGCUGGACUUGCAAUGACAUCACAGGGUGACAUAAUCUUGUAGACCGUGAAAGUGGCUCCCUCCACGGGUAUUACACUCUGUCACUUUUUAUUUAAUGGACUUGCUUUUUCCCCCAAAGUAAAAUCAGAUAUUAUAACGGCUGUCAUCAUAUAAUUAAUGUCCUUGUCCUUGUCGCCUAAUGUUUUACAAAGUAACAAAUUAUCUGUAUCAGCUGGGAAAUUUCUGAAUGCAGUGCCACUUGAAUCUGUGAUACCGUUCAAAGUCAAUGGCGGAUGCAGGUCCAGGACACAAGUGUCUCUCAAUCAUUUCAAGGCAUUAACUCAUGGAGUGCGAGCCGUACAUACAAAAUGCUGGAUCAAAUGUAGGCGGUCAGAUCCGUGUCUGCGAACCGAGAUACAUUUCCAGCAUACAAAGUAAGGGGCGUGGGCACACUAAGAACUGUUCUGGCAUUUGUUGUGACUUUGUUUUGCUGGAAGCCAGAAUCAGGCGUCAGGCAAAAGAAUUUCAGUUAAUACCGUACAUAUUUCACUAAUGCUCUUAUGACAGCAAAUCACGGUGCGCCAAGUGCUCGCUUUUUAACCCAUUUGUUUCCAGAGGUGUGAGGAAUGUUCUGUGAUUUAACCAUUGGGUAUUUUAUUAACCAGGAAUGAUAGGCCCAUCUCUCCCUGCUGGGUGUAGGGGGUAAAUGUUUGUAUUCCUAACACUUUAGUUUCCCUGUCCCUAGUUAUAUAGGUUCAACCCCCCUGUGUGUCCCAUAAAAUUAAUAAAACGUUUUUAACUUUUUUUUCCAAUGUGGAGUUUGCCUUGGCGAUCCUCCCCUCCCCUCCCCUCCCCUGGCCUCCUCCGCUGUGCUCCAAUCCAAUGUCCCCCAUAGAGAAGCAUUGUGGACCUAAUGUGUGUGAUGAUCAUGAUAAUGUGUUUUUUUUUUUGGCUGACCUGCCUGUGAAAUUCAGGCUGUCAUCAAAUUUUAUGUUGAAUUGCUUAGAACGUAUGGAAAUAACAAAACAAUUCAUACUUUGAUUCACUUUUGCGUGUUAAAAAAAUAUGGAAUUCUAUUUACUAAACAGUGUUUAUGUCGUCAAUGGGAUUUUACAAACCUGCUCUCAGCUUGGCACAGCUCCAUGUAUAAUAAGUAGAAUGCUUUUCUUCAUUCGUGUUUUUUUUUAAUGAAUGAAGUUACUAUAUAUUAUUGUGGCUGAUCUAAAGACUCUCACAUAGGAUGCUACGAUAGAACGUGUGAAAUUACCCAGAAGGUCCAUUAGUAGUAAUAGUUAUUCUUUUGACCUUUUUCUUGGACAAUGACAGAGAUUUCCGGUAUAUAUUUCUUUCAUAUUUACAUUAUGAAAAGCACUCACAGCAUGGCCGUGGUUUAAUGGCAAACAGAUAUAAGCUGGAAAUGUGAGUCAUUUCAAAUCUAUUCUGUUUAUCUGCUAGGAUUUCAGCUAGUGGGAAGCAGAACUGAAAUAUUGCUCUUCAGUCUUCAUGACCAAGAACAUUUGCCUGGGUUCUGCAGUUACAUUAAGCAAAUUAUUGAAUUUAUUGUGUCGCCAUAUUCAUUCAGUUGAAUGCUGAUUUUUAAUAGGAGAAAUGUUUGUUAGACCAGGGCCCCUGGUACAGUUUACUAGGUGGCCCAUUACAUUUUAUCCUUCAUUGUUCAUUGGUGAUUACUCCACUUAAUAAAAAACCUGAAACUCUCUAAAAGACAUCAAGCUCGUAAUGGCUGUACCGGUGGAAAUUGUAGUCUAACAGGUCAGGGUGGAUGCUACAAGUAUACUGCACCCAGCGCUGCUCUCUCACUGCCCCUAUAUUUACAUUUGGCCCCUGGCACAGUUUACCAGUUGGCCCAUUACAUUUGAUCCUUCAUUGUUCAUUGACAAAGGCUUUCAGUUGAAACAUUUGGGGGGGGGGUGAGGGUGGUAGUGGGGGAUCCUAAUUUUGUAAUUUUGUAAUUUCCUCUUCUCGCAAAUCUCUUUUUUCUGUUCAUUGGUCUCUGUUAUGUAUUUUGGCUUUUUGUUUCGUAUCCAUUUUACAUAUUACCAUUGAUGCUUUGCAUGUCUUUGCUUUUUGUGUGUUUUGCUUUAUUUUAACACAUUUGCAGUUCUUGUCCUGCAUGUACCUUGUUUAGAGGAGGUAAUGGUUAAACUAUUCACAUAUUUAAGCCCUUGUAACCUGUUUUAGCUCUUGAAUUGACUGGGUGGUUUAGGGGAGGGCUAAAAACAUACAAAACAUAAUGAAUUUCACAGCAGGCAGGCUGGAAUCUAGAGAAAGUUUAGCAAUCUCUAGUGUCCAUGGGACCCUAGGCAAGUUUCAACUUGUAUCUUCUCAGUAUUGUUACGUUUGCCGUUGCCCUUACACUCAGGAAAGAGGAUCCAAAAGCCGUAUUACCGGGCCUUAGAGUGGCCGGACUUAAUGUAUUACAAGGUAGAAUUAAAGUCAGGAGUAGCCGGGAUACGGAUACACGAAAAACAAGUAAGGGCAGGAUACCAGAAUACACAGGUCAAUAUACAAGCCGGGUCAGGAUACCAGAAAUACACAUGUCAAUAUACAAGCCGGGUCAGGGUACAAGAAAUACAUGUCAAUAUACAAGACGGGUCAGGGUACCAGAAAUACACAGGUCAGGAUAAUAGAAAUACACAGGUCAAUAUACAAGCCAGGUCAGGAUAAUAGAAAUACACAGGUCAAUAUACAAGCCGGGUCAGGGUACCAGAAAUACACAGGUCAAUAUACAAGCUGGGUCAGGAUACCAGAAAUACACAGUUCAAUAUACAAACCGGGUCAGGAUACCAGACAUUCACAGAGUCAAAACGGAGCCAAGGUCAAAAACAGGAAACCACAAGACACUUGUUGAAGCACUAAACGUGUUACUAAACAUAACCCACGAUAAGGCAAUGAGUAAGUGCAUGAACAGGCUUUAAAUAGGUUCACAUGUGUUCUAAUUGGUCCACGUCUUUUCUGCAACUCCAAAUGGCAUAGGAUUGCCUUCCUUUAAGGGUGUGAGAUUAUCAUAUCCAAGUCCAGUCUCCCUACAAGCAACAUUUACCCUCUUGUUUUUUUUUUUUUUUUUGCAUACAGUAUGCACCAUGUUUAUUUUGUUUAUUUUAUAGGGUGUACUGAAUUGGGGAAUCCUCGGAUAUAAGAAUAAAUUAUUUUUAUUAUUUUCACAAGUGUAUUGGACUUACUGCAAAACUUUUCUUUUUCUGUUAUCUGAUUUAAAUGCACAUGGUAAUGUGUAGUGUUUGGUGCUGAUUUUCACUUUUGGUCUUUAUUGAUCACUCUAGUACAGGGGUUCUCACCGUUAGUCCUCAGGACCCCCUACCAGUCCAGGGUUUAGGGAUUACCUGGGUGUGUCUAAGGUGUUUUUUCCCCCCCUUUUUCUAAACACCUUAGACACACCCAGGUAAUCCCCAAAUCCUGGACUGGUAGGGGGUCCCGAGGACUGGGUUGAGAACCCCUGCCCUCGUAGGAAGUGCCUCGCAAUUUAAUGGAAUUAUUACCUUGAUCUUUUUUGUCAUUAUUAUUAUGUUAUUUAUAUAGCGCCAUCAAAUUCCGCAGCGCUUUACAGUGGGUGGACGAACAGACAUGUAGUUGUAACCAGACAAGUUGGACACACAGGAACAGAGGGUUGAGGGCCCUGCUCAAUGAGCUUACAUGCUAGAGGGAGUGGGGUAAAAUGACACAAAAAGGUAAGGAUAGUAUUAGACUAAUGACAGUUGCAGAAGAGGAAUCAGUCAGGAGCUAUUAACAGUUUAAUUGAUACGCUUUUAUGAAGAAGUGGCUUUUUAACGAUUUUUUGAAGGAGUGGAGAUUGGGUGAGCAUCCAACGGAGGAGGGAAGUGAAUUCCACAGGAACGGUGCAGCCCUCGAGAUCUCUUGAAGGCGAGCAUCAGAGUUGGGAGUACGGACAGAAGAUAGACGUAAGUCUUCAGCAGAUCGUAAGGGCCCAGACGGGACAUACUUGUGUAUAAGGAAGGAUAGAUAGGUGGGAGCAGCAUUAUGUAGAGAUUUGAAAGCAAGGACCAGAAUUUUAAAUUGAGCUCUAUAUCUUAUAGGAAGCCAAUGUAGUUCCUGUUCCUCAAGUCAUGUUCCUCAAACCAUUCCUAGACAAUGUUUGCAGUGUGGUAGCAGCCAUUAUCCUGCUGAAAGAGGCCCUUGCCAUCAGGGAAAACCAUUGUCAUGAAGAGGUGUAUGUGUACUGCAACAAUCUCUAGUUAGGUGGUACAUGUCAAAUUAAUACCCACAAGAAUGCCGGGACCCAAAGUUUGUCCAGCAGAACAUUGCCCAGAGCAUAACACUGCCUCUGCCAGCCUGCCGUCUACUCUUCUUCAGGUAAAUUACGUACACCAAGCAUGAUUCAGUUGACCAGGCAAUCUUCUUCCAUUGCUCAAUAGUGCAGUUAUGAUGCUCAUGUCCCCAUUGAAGGCCCUUUCGGUGGUGGACAGGGGUCAUCAUGGGCACUCUGAGCAGUGUGCGGCUACGCAGCCCCGUACACAGCAAACUGCGAUGUACUUUGUGUUCUGACACCUCUCUAUCAUGGUCAGCAUUAAGUUUUUUUAUUUUAGCAAUUUGAGUUACCGUAGCUCUCCUGUGUGAUCGUACCAGACAGGUUCACUGGUUGUCAUUCUUUGCACCAUUUUGGUAGGUACUGUUCAUUGCAUUCCAGGAACAUCCCACAAGAUUUGCCAUUUUUGGGAUGCUUGACCCAGUCGUCUAGCCAUCACUAUUUGGCCCUUGUCAAAGUCUCUCUUUGCUUACCCGUUCUUCCUGCUUCCAACUCAUGAAAUGCAAUAACUGCCUGUUCAUUUACUCCCCUUGACAGGUGCUGUUGUAACGUAUUAUCAGUGUUAUUCACUUCAUCUGUCAGUGGUUGUUGUGGCUGAUCGUGUAUAUUUGGAAUUUAUCAAUGCAUAUACUAUUAUAUCACAAUCACACACUCUAAGGUCUUAACACAUCUUCUUUGAAGUGCAGGAUUUGUAGUGAGAUCGUCAUAUUGUUAUUUUGUUGUUUUUCUUGCAGAAUGCCCCAGCCUUGUUGUAGCAGCUGACAGGUUAACUUUCUUAGCAUUCACUGCAAUGCAGUUCUAUACUUGAUGCCUUUCCUGGUUGCUUCGCACUGCAGUGCCACUGUGUGCCAGUCACUCAGAGUGCAUCACAGCAAUGGGUUUUGGGUCAUCCUUCAUCAGUGGGAUGAUAUUGUCUCCAUGGCAACAAUGAAAAUGUGGCAUCUCAGAUUUACCUCGGACUCCAUGCUGCCUAAUUACUGAUAUUGUAGUCGUUGAAAGGUUACACAGACUGCGCAUUGUAUGGCAAAUGACCAAAAAAAGGCAUUUCAAAAAAAUAAAUUCACAUCUAAUUUUUGUUUUUAUUUUGUUGUUGUUCUUGUUGUUUUUGCAUGCGAAUCAUUUUAGUGCUCUUUGUGUGGGGGAAAUAUAUUGUAUUAAACCAUCAUCAAUAUAUAGUUAAGCCUUAUUAAGAAUAUCCAGGAAUCUGGUGGCCAUAAUACGAUUUAUAGUGGCCAUUUACGGUACUAUGACCAAUCAGCGAAUCGCUUGCCUAAUACCUCACUCCUCUUACAUUUUUUUUACAUACAGAUUGUUAAAAUAGACAAAAUGAGAAUAAACUUGUUUUGGUUCGUAUUGAUGAGAUCUCCCGGGAUUUCCAAGCUUUCGAUCUGUCUUUGGGGAGUGUGGCAGUUAUGACUAAUAUGCUACAUUACGUUCACAAUGAACCAUUUCACUGCCAGUCCAGUCCGUAACAGAGCUGUGACCGGGUGUUUUUAUAUUGUAAAAUAAUGACAGAUAUUUCAAAUAACCAUUGGAUUGAUACUGAUCAGUUAAGGGAUACAACAUAAAGCAAAUUGUGCUGCAUGUUGUUAUUUAUUACUCUCAUUGCUUAACUUAAAGGGACACUAUAGUCACCAGAACAACUACAGCUUAUUGAAUUUGUUCUGGUGAGUAGAAUCAUUCCCUUCAGGCUUUUUGCUGUAAGCACGGUCUUUUCAGAGAAAAUGCAGUGUUUACAUUGCAGCCUAGUGAUAACUUCACUGGCCACUCCUCAGAUGGCUGUUAGAGAUCCUUCCUAGGUCAUGGCUUCCUAAAAUGCAUCCAAACAUUCAGUAUCUCCUCCCUCUGCAUGCAGACACUGAACUUUCCUCAUAGACAUUCAUUGAUUCAAUUCAUCUCUAUGAGGAGAUGCUGAUUGGCCAGGGCUGUGUUUGAAUCAUGCUGGCUCUGCCCCUGAUCUGCCUCUUUGUCAGUCUCAGCCAAUCCUAUGGGGAAUCAUUGUGAUUGGAUCAGGCUACCACUUCUGAUGAUGUCAGCAGACUGCUUGUUUUUCUGAGGCAAACAGCAUGCAGAGUUACAGCUUCUGGCUUGAAUACAGUAAGAUUGUGCUAUAUUUAUGGAGGCAUGAGAGGCCCAGGGGGACUAGAUGGUGGUUUUAACACUAUAGGGUCAAGAAUACAUGUUUGUGUUCCUGACCCUAUAGUGAUCCUUCAAAUUUUACUUUUAAUUUUAAGGGUGCUUGUAAGGUUUUCCAGUCCUCAAUGCAUCUCGAGGAACAUAUAAAAAAGUGUUAUUUUAUGUUAGUUUAUUUGUUUACUUAUUUUUGGGUGGGAGAGGUGCCCACUUUAUCAUAAUAUUCAUGUCACGGUAACUUUCAACAUGAACUUGCCCCAAAAAUAUGAAAAUAGAUCAGCAGGCUACAUUUUCUGCCAGUUUACACACUGGAUAUAUGGUGGAGGCCAGGGUUUGAUGCUACCUUAGCCAUGCCAAUUGAAAACCGCAAAGGGGGCUGUGAUAGUCAGAGAAGGGGUAAUUGAGGCUCUCAGAUAAUUACUACGACCCAUCGUUGCUCAGGGUGACAUGGAAGCAUUAGACUGAGCAGCAGAGAGUUCAGGUUGUGGAUUGGCAUGACAACAACAGGGGACUUUAUGCACUAUACUCACUUUAGUGAGAUGAAGUGGUUAUAGUGCCUUCAGUAUUUUUUUUCUAUGACCCUGAUAAAUAUUAAAAAACCCAUACAAGGAUGCAAAGUUGUGUAGACCUUGCCAUUCAUUUGUUUCUAAGGCUGUGGACUCUUAGUCUGUGUAUAGGCUAAAGGAGAGAAUGCUGUAUUGCUGCUAUUUAGAGCUGACAGAGUGGAACAAGAAUAUUCCAGCUAAGCAGUAUCUCAAAGAAAAGAACAUGUCCAGGGAUGAAGAAUGUAAAUAGAACUAGCUGAUGUCAAAUUCCAGAAAGUGGUACAAAUGAUGAAAGUAGUCAAAUGAUCACCAAGCCGCAAAAACAAAGACGACACCAACAAGGCAUGCGCAGAAAUGUGUUUUAAACAAUUUGUCCAAAUAAUAUUCCUGGCAAUCGUCAAACAAAGCAAUUCCAAAAAUGUGGUUAGUUUGUGCUUUAAAAAAAAGAUUUUAAUUGUGAUGAUCCUGAUUUGGUUCAUAUGUUUCUGAUUUGAUAAGUUUGUGAAAGAACAGAAUUUUCUGAAUCUAUUCAUUCGAUGAUUGCCAAGAAUUUUAUUGGGAUGAAUCUCUCAAUUUUUCUCUCAAUUUUUUUGCCCAUGUCUAUCAUGAAGAGGCAGAGGUCAAGGUAACAGAAAUGGGAAUCUUCACACAACUCGAGUUUAAAGUAACUUGUGAACAGACCAAACGCGUGCUUAUGAAAGGGCACCCGAUGAUACCCGAGGCAAGUAUCGAUAGGCUAACCUCCAGGGUCCCUUUGUCACAUCUGUAGAAGUUGGGCAGAAUAUGGUUCUGGUCUCGUCUUCUGACAACAGUAUGAAUAAGUUGGGCUGAUCUAUCUGAUUUCUGUAUUCAUCGAGCAGAGGUGCAUAGUUUUAUGGUAGCAUUAGUGAUGCUAAACCUGCAGCUAAUCCAAACAAAUUUAUCUGUAACUCUGAUAUAUUGUAGCAGGAAUUCUAACCACCGACCCCUUUGGUCACUUUGUCUUAUUGGCUGUCAGACAUGGAACAUGAUUUAUAACAGAAAAGAAAAUACAUGAGUGGAAAGAGUGUCUAGCUCACAGGCUCCUAAGACAUUAAGCUUGUAAUUAAAUUCCUCACGACUUAAGUUUAAAACCUUUGCAGAUAAUACUGUUAAACACUAAAAAUGUAUUCAAUGUAUAUAAACAUAAUGUACUAAUAUAUAAUAUCAUAUGCAAAGAGAGAGCAGAGUAGGAAGCUUGCAGAUGUUGGAGCAUAUACAAUAUUCAGAGAAGAAUGGGGUUCACGCCUUGUCCAUUCCAUGUGGGGUAUACAUGUAUGUGGACGUACCUGAGAACUCACAAUAUGCGCAUUCCAGAAAGGAAUUCUAUUUGGAAUACUGCUUGUGUCCUACUGGAGAAACAUGUGAUUACUGGGCCUCCUGUGCAAUGUGUACAUCUUCAUAAGUGAAGGGAUGGUUUAGUGCCACUCACUUACUCUGUUCCAAGCAUUGCACACAUUGGAAGAUUAAACCAUUAUGGAUCAUUUUUGUGACAGUUUAGGACUAAGUCUUAUUACAUUUGAUUUGGGACUCCCCUUCCUGUUCAAAUAGAAAAGCAGACAUCCAUGGGCAAUGGAUAUCCCAAUAUUCAAAUCAAAUGCCAGUGUUCUGAUGUUAGUACCAGUGUUCCAGUAGAAAUCCCAAUGUUCAAAUUAAGUGCUAGUGUUCUGAUGUUAGUACCAGUCUUCCAGUGGAAAUCCCAAUGUUCAAAUUAAACGCUAGUGUCCUGAUGUUAACACCAUUUCCGAUGUUAAUGCCACUUUUCCAGUAGAAAUGCCAGUUUUUCCAGUUUUCUAUAUGUGAAUAACCUGUUGUAGACCAGGAGUUGUAGAACAAUCUUUAGAAAGGGAAUGCUGUGUAAGUCGUAGUUUUAAAACAUCUGGGAAUCUGCCGUUUGAGCACACCUGUUCUAAUCUUAUCCUAAGCCAGAGGCAGUCUUUACUUUACAGACUAUCUUCCUGUUAGAUGGCCAAAUGGAUUUUCGGUUGUUUUGCCAUAUUAUGUGUUUGGAGCCCCCUGAAGCUAUUCCAAUUAUUAGGUAAAUAACGUUUAUUAUAUUAUACACAAUCACAAAGUCAGAAAUCAGAAUGUAUCCAAACAGUCUCUGAAGUGAUGUAUACAUGGACAGCACCCCACACACACCUGAAGGUUGGCUAAAACGUUCUGUCAGAAUUCCAACACUGUGUCUGCUAACACGAUUUGAUAAAUGAGAUUCUAUUUGCAUGUCUACAUUUAUGCUCAUUCAUAUAUACACGGGCUGAUUUUCAGAUCUUUAUAUUUGUAUUUUAAUCACAUAUACAGAAAUACUUCGUGACAGGUCAGAUCAUUAAACAAACUUUGGAUGUGGACUAUGGUAAAGCUGAAUAUAUUAACACAGGAUACCUUGCCUUUAGCAAACACAUCAAGACCUGAAUUGUGUUUUAUCAGCAUUCCCACAUAUAGAUCUCUAUCCGCAUACACCCUUGUUGGCAGUGCUGCAUGCAGACAUGCAGUAGUGAAUCAUUUGUUUAUCCUGUUUGGGUUCUUAGGCUGUUUUUACUGGGAGCCCAGUGGUUGGAAGGCGCCUUAUGUUUAUGUCGCCCUAGACAAGUGCCCUCAAUAAAGGGAGUACUGAAAUCCUAAACAUUUCUACUCUUAAGUAAAAGGAAACUAAGUAUGGUCCAGCAUGUAGUCAGGAGCAGGGCUAAAGGAUAAAGGAUGCAUAUACAUAAAAGAAGGCUAAAUGCAGAGACUUGGAACACAUACAGACCAAGAACUCUCGGGUUUUGGUAGCAGAACACCUGAGCAUAUUAAGCAGUGUCGGAUAGCAUUAAGUAAGCUAGUCAGAGAGAGCAGGUGUUGAUUACUCUAAUUAGAAGCACCCCGGACUCUCCUGGUCCACAGGGAAAAAACACUUACUAGUGAUGUAUUUUGGGAAAGGUUGCCAAUUCCUUCUCCCUAUGGAGGAUCCCUAGGAAAGUACAAAACUAAAAUGAAAGAAUACAAGCAAGGAUUUUGCUAGGUACCAAUAUCCCCUAUAGUACCAGGCAUAGGCAACCAUCGGCACUGCAGAUGUUUUGGACUACACCUCCCAUGAUGCUUUGCCAGCAUUGUGGCUGUAAGAGAAUUAUGGGGGAUGUAGUCCACAACAUCUGGAGUGCCAAAUGUUGCCUACCCCUGCCCUAUACUAACAGAGGUGCGAAUAUGAUGUGGCACAUCCCUUCCUUUCUAUGUUACGUUCCCCCCUCCCUCUUAGCCCUUGACCAGCGUGUCGCUAAUAAUCUCCGGGGUCUCAUUGAAAGCAAAGUUAAAAACAAGCACAUACAGCCAGGUAUUCAGUGGAACCCCACCACACAACGCAACUAAUAGAGCGAUCCCCUACUAAAAGUUACCUGGAGGACACAAAUAUUUACAAAUACAGACCAGAAAAUAUAAAGACUGUGAUGCAACUAUUGGAGAAAAAAAAUGAAUGAAGAAAUAUUUUUAAAUAAAAAUGAUAAAUACGAAGAUUUCAUAGCUGAAGGGUCACAAUCCAGUAAUAAUAUUCAUGUUGUCUGUUAACAUAACUAUGUAUGUAUGUUACUGAGCCAUUUAAAUGACUGUUUUUUUAUUUUGUUUUUAGGGAUUUGUCUGUCUCUGUUCCUAUGCUGUCUUAACAUUUAACAUGAUGGAACUGCUGGGAAUUGUCAUGUUGUGUAGCAUCCUAUUAGGAUCACCAGGCGUAAAAUCCUUUUCUCUUCACAAACGAGAUGUCGUGGAUAUGGCAGAAACAAACGGAGGAUUUGGUAUCGUAGGAACCGAUAAUUCUUCCAGAUCCAAACUAUAUACAGAACCAUCUCUCGUAACAAGUCAGUCUACAGCUGGCAACAGUGCAUCUUCAAAUGGAACGUUCUCCAAUAACUUACUUACUGGUGAAAGAGAAUCGCCAAACCAGUACAACACAACUGGAAAUGUCACCAUGAGAACAGAAACGUCAGCAAUCACUAGUCCUAAUUCUGUCUUUGGGGCGAAUUCUACUGAGAAAGAAAAGGCGCUGAUGGAAAAUGGCAUUCUAACCACAUUGGCUUCUACGGCAGUUGAUAUGAGCAGAGUAACUUCAUCCUUUGGGGAGACUACAAACCCAUCCCAGAUAGAAGAUGGAAAAAACACAAAGACCCAAGAAAGCAAUUUAGAAAAUCCAUCUCAGGUUAACACUGUGGACAUGUUGACUACUAAUCCAAGAACCAGUAGUAUCAACACAGAGGAUGGCCUGUCCACUACAGCAUUGAAUCUUGCUGACCUAUCGGUGAUCUCUACCCUAGGUAGCACUUUGAAAGAGGAAACCAGCUCUGAGAUAACUUUAGCGACUUUGCCUGGUGUUGAAAACUCCCCAUCUUACACUGUUUAUGGUGGUUCGGAAACGCCAACACUAAUCAGUGGAGAGAGUACAAGAAGUAGUAUCACGGCCUCCCCAGUAAGUGAAGAAUGGGAUGAUACAAAAAUAACAACACAGAUUCCCUUGACUGAUAAUACUGAAAAUGAUCUGAUAUCUUCUCAUGAUACAACAACUUACAUAACAGAUGUGGGUACCGAGGGUAAAGUGAACACAACAUUUAUGACAGGACUAGUCAGCAAACCAGAAAGUGAAACGUUUUUCGGUACAACUGAAGGUAUAGGAUUUACCUUGUCAACUGAAGACAUAGUGGAUUAUCAUGAACAUAAUGUUUCGGGUUCUGCAGAGCCUAUUGUGGAAUUCAUCGCUGAUACAGAUCCAUAUGUGACUAUUGUAGCAACUAGUGAUCAAAAUCUAGAAUCAAAAUCUCCUUUAUAUACAGGUAAGACAAUCAUCUUAUUUUCCAGAGACAAUAGAGGACAGUAUUUAUAAAAUGUAUUGCCAUUUACAUCUAAUGAAUUUUUUAGGUACCUUUCUUUGGCCCCCUUGAGCUCAUUGAUUUAAGCCCACAUCACAAUGAUCCCUAUGAGAGUAUGAAAUUCAGAUAUGUCGUAUAUUCUGUUUGAGUCUUUAAUUGAGCAUGUUUUGGAUGAAAUGGAAGAAUUUCUCUGGCUCUUGUAUUGUACCCUCAGGCAAACUGCUGCUGUUGAAGCACAGCAUUAUUUUUCUGGGAGAAGUGUUAUUUUGUAGAAGACCGAAGGUAGUGUGGCAGAUUCGAUUAACAGAUGUGAGAAGUAGAGAGUCAAUGACGCCUCGGAAUAUAAGCCCUGACUCCAGUUUCUCUGUGACUGCAGGAGUUAAGAUUUAUGUUGCAUCUCACAGGGUAAAGCGACACAUUGCAUGUGUCAUUACAUUGCAGUUGUAUGAUGUUCUUUCUGUAGCGAUUAUAUUGUAGCAGAAACGGGGCAUGAUUUUCAUUGAUGGCAUAAGCGGUCUGUAACUGCAUUUUUGAUGCCAGUACCGUCACUGAUUCCAGCGUUGAUGUCCCUCAGUGCUAGGUCGGUGCUUCGCCUCCUCCAAUGGGGCCGAUGUGCAUGCACAGUGAGCAGGGCCAGACUGGGGAUUCCAAAGCAGCACUGGAAAAAAAAUCUAUGCCAGCCCCAUAAGUCAUUGCGCCAUAUAUUGUUGCAUGUAAUAUGUAAGGCUAUGUCUUGCCACCCUAGAUGAUUGAGAUAUAUAUAUAUAAAAAUAUAUAUAUAUCUUUUUCCAAUAUAAAAUAUUGGUCCUUUCAGAGUAAAAUAUUUAUUUAUACAGUAAGCAUACUCACAUGCAGACACAGACAAUCUCACUGACACAAGCUGAUUGAUACACAGCCUCAUAGACAAACAAUCUAACUGAUAUACAUAAGGCCAUUGACAUAAAAACACAAGCUCACUCAGUAGCAGGCAGGCACACACACACACAAGCAAGCCCACUCACUAGCAGACGCGCACACACACACAGCUUAAUGUAGUGGUUCUGGUGUCUAUAGCCUGUCCCUGCUGGCUUUUCAUGCUGACUUUUUAGACAAAAGGCAGUGUUUACAUUGCAUCCUAGUGACAGACACGGUCACUAGAGGUGCUUCCUGAGUCAGUGCGGAUUUUCUGAGAUCAUCAAGCUUGAUGAUCUCAGCCAUAGAGGCAGGGCCAGUCGAGGGGAGACCAGCACCACGUGGGGGGGAAAAAAGGUGAGUAAAAACACACACAUACCAUGACAGACACACACCAUGACACAGACAGACCGUGACACAGACACACACACACCAUGACACAGACAGGCACACAUUACAUGACACAGACAGACACACACAUCAUGACAAACACACACACACCGUGACACAGACAGACACACAUUACAUGACAGACACACACACACACACAAUGACACAGACACACAUUUCAUGACACAGACAGAUACACACACCAUGACAGACAGAGACACACGCCAUGACACAGACAGAGACACACAUACAAUGACACAGACAGACACACACACACACACACACCAUGACACAGACAGACACACACACCAUGACAGACAGAGACACACACACCAUGACACAGACAGAGACACACACACACACACACACACACACAUACACUCACACUGACACACAUAAUUUCUACCUGUGUGCUGGCGACCGCAUGGGGGAGCUGGCUGUUCUUGCAGCCGCAGAGGGAGCUCUUUUGGAGGCCGCAGGGGGAGCUGGCUGUUCUGUCUCUGCUCCCCCGCCCCAGCGCGCUGCUUAAUGAGACCGGGGCCGACGGCCCACUGGGAAAUUUCCCGGUAUCCCGGUGGGCCAGUCCGGCCCUGACAGUGAGCAAUGUGAACAUUGUAGGCCCUCAUCAUAGGAAAGCUUUUCUACAAUGCUUUCAAAUGGGGUGUUAGUGGCUGGUAGACAGCCACUAGAGAUGGAGUUACCCCUGGAAGGUAAUUAUUGCAUUUCAUCAAAAACUGCAAUAAAUGCCAUUGCAGAAUUAAGGGGACAGGGACACUGUACCCAGACCUCCCCGACCAGUGCCUAUACUGUCCCUUCAAAGGAGCAGUACAAGUACAGCACUGCUGCUUGCUAAAGAGGUUUAUCUGCACAGUCUUAGUCCUGCAGUGUAAUUAUUGAGCUGAAGUGGUCUCAGACAAAUUCAUGUAUCCAGUGCUGAAAGCCUAUCAAGAAGCAUGGUGCAUGUAUAUUUUUUUUUAGUGCGUCCUAGUGGAGUAGCAACAGAUUUACAUCAAAACACAAACCUGUGAACAGGGACGUUACUUGAGCCCAAAACGUGAUGACCCCUAAACUGACCAAGAGAUGAGGAUAUGCUAUGACAUUUCCUGGCCUUUCUAUGCGAUGUCCCCCCUCUUUACCCAUGGGUGGCAAAUGCUGAUAUUCUCUGGGAUCGCAAUGAAAGCAUAAUUGUCUGCACAGCCAUGUAUUCAAUGUGAUCCUGCUAUGCUACCUCAUAGUUUACAGUUCCCCAGCACCCCGCUCCCAUAUGGGGAGCAGUAUAUUACUAACCUUUGUUUUAUAAUGGACAGCCGCCUCAAGUAAAAAUAAAGAGAAACACAAAAGUCCCUCAGCCAUCCCCAACUCUAGAGAUCCAGACGCACCUACGGUUUCCCAGUGAUCCUCUGAGGAGCUCCACAUAGAAACAUAGAAUGUGACGGCAGAUAAGAACCAUUAGGCCCAUCUAGUCUGCCCAAUUUUCUAAAUACUUUCAUUAGUCCCUAGUCUUAUCUUAUAGUUAGGAUAGCCUUAUGCCUAUCCCACGCAUGCUUAAACUCCUUUACUGUGUUAACCUCUACCACUUCAGCUGGAAGGCUAUUCCAUGCAUCCACUACCCUCUCAGUAAAGUAAUACUUCCUGAUAUUAUUUUUAAACCUUUGUCCCUCUAAUUUAAGACUAUGUCCUCUUGUUGUGGUAGUUUUUCUUCUUUUAAAUAUAUUCUCCUCCUUUACUGUGUUGAUUCCCUUUAUAUAUUUAAAUGUUUCUAUCAUAUCCCCCCUGUCUCGUCUUUCCUCCAAGCUAUACAUGUUAAGAUCCUUUAACCUUUCCUGGUAAGUUUUAUCCCGCAAUCCAUGAACCAGUUUAGUAACCCUUCUCUGAACCCUCUCUAAGGUAUCAAUAUCCUUCUGAAGAUACGGUCUCCAGUACUGUGUACAAUACUCCAAGUGAGGUCUCACCCGUGUUCUGUACAAUGGCAUGAGCACUUCCCUCUUUCUACUGCUAAUACCUCUCCCUAUACAACCAAGCAUUCUGCUAGCAUUUCCUGCUGCUCUAUUACAUUGUCUGCCUACCUUUAAGUAAUCAGAAAUAAUCACCCCUAAAUCCCUUUCCUCAUAUGUUGAGGUUAGAACUCUAUCAAAUAUUCUGUACUCUGCCCUUGGGUUUUUACGUCCAAGAUGCAUUAUCUUGCACUUAUCCACAUUAAAUGUCAGUUGCCACAAUUCUGACAAUUUUUCUAGUUUACCUAAAUCAUUUGCCAUUUGGCUUAUCCCUCCUGGAACAUCAACCCUGUUACAUAUCUUAGUAUCAUCAGCAAAAAGACAUACCUUAUCAUCAAGACCUUCUGCAAUAUCACUAAUAAAAAUAUUAAAGAAAUUGGGUCCAUGUACAGAUCCCUGAGGUACCCCACUGGUGACAAGUCCAAGCUUCUAUUGACUACAACCCUCUGCUGCCUGUUACUCAGCCACUGCCUUACCCAUUCAACAAUAUUGGACUCCAAACUUAAAGAUUGAAGUUUAUUGAUAAGCCUUCUAUGUGCAACAGUGUCAAAAGCCUUACUGAAAUCUAGGUAAGCAAUGUCUACUGCACCACCCUGAUCUAUAAUUUUAGUUACCCAAUCAAAAAAAUCAAUAAGAUUAGUUUGGCAUGAUCUCCCUGAAGUAAACCCAUGUUGUCUCUGAUCUUGAAAUCCAUGUGUUUUUAGAUGUUCAUCAAUCCUAUCCUUUAAUAUAGUUUCCAUCACUUUCCCCACUACUGAAGUAAGGCUUACUGGUAUAUAUUUGCCCCGACUCCUCCCUAUUACCUUUCUUGUGAAUGGGCACACCAUUCGCUAACUUCCAAUCUUCUGGGACUACUGCUGUUAACAAUGAUUGGUUAAAUAAAUCUGUUAAUGGUUUUGCUAGUACACCACUAAGCUAUUUUAAUAGCUUUGGGUGCAUUCCAUCAGGUCCCAUUGACUUAUUUGUAUUUACUUUUGACAGUUGAAAUAGAACCUCUUCCUCUGUAAACUCACUUAUAAUAAAUGACUCGUUUAUCCUUUCCUUCAUUUUCAUCUGUAAAUACAGAACAAAAAUAUUCAUUGAGGCAGUCCGCUAGACCUUUAUCCUCUUCUACAUACCUUCCUUCUUUUGUUUUUAAUCUAACUAAUCCUUGUUUUACUUUUCUUUUCUCAUUUAUGUAUCUAAAAAAGUUUUGUCCCCCUUUUUUACUGACUGUGCUAUUUUCUCUUCUGUGUGUGAUUUGGAAGCUCUUAUAACUUGCUUAACCUCUUUCUGCCUAAUCUUAUAGAUCAUUUUGUCUUCCUCACUCUGGGUUUUUUUAUAAUUCCUAAAUGCUAACUUUUUGUUUUUAACUAUUUUGGCCACAUCUGCGGAGUACCACAGUGGUUUCUUGAAUUUUUUGCUUUUACUGACAAGCCUAAUGCAAUUUUCUGUUGCCUUCAAUAGUGCAACUUUUAAAUAAUCCCAUUUCUCUUGGACUCCAUUUAAAUUGCUCCAGUCUGAUAAUGACUCCUCUACCCAUAUUCUAAUUUUAGAAAAGUCUGUUUUUCUAAAGUCUCAAACUUUUGUUUUUGUGUGGUGUGACUCAGUCACUGUUCUUAUAUUAAACCACACUGACUGAUGAUCACUGGAUCCUAAACUUUCACCUACAGUAAUAUCUGAUACCAAAUCUCCAUUUGUUAACACUAAAUCUAGUAUGGCCUCUUUACGAGUUGGCUCCUCAACGACUUGUUUUAGAGACAAUCCCAGUAGGGAGUUUAGAAUAUGUGUGCUCCUGGCACAAGCAGCUAUUUUUGUUUUCCAAUUUACAUCAGGAAGAUUAAAGUCACCCAUGAUGAUAACUUCCCCUUCAUUGUCAUUUUAGCUAUUUCCUCAACUAGUAGAUUAUCUAACUCUUCAAUUUGUCCUGGGGGCCUAUAAAUAACACUUACACGAGUUACUGUGUGAUUACCAAAUUCUAACGUAACCCAAACGCACUGUAUGUUCGCCUCACUAACUUUUAUUAGGCUAGAUUUUAUGCUACCCUUCACAUACAGGGCCACUCCUCCCCCUUUCUUGCCUUCCCUGUCUUUUCUAUAUAAAGAGUACCCUGGUAUUGCUAUGUCCCAGUCAUUUUUCUCAUUGUACCAUGUCUCAGUAACAGCGACUAAAUCUACACUAUUAGUUGCCAUCAUUGCCACAAGUUCAUGGAUCUUAUUCCCUAAACUGCGAGCAUUUGUAGACAUGACUCUAAGCUUAUCCUUUUUUAACACACUUGCUACAGGCACCUUCUGUCCUUGUUUUGGGGGACAAUUGGAUUGAUGUUUUAUCACCCUUUUGCCCCCCCCUUCUAGUUUAAAUACAUCCUAGCAAAACCUCUGAACUGCUCACUGAGAACAUUUGUUCCCUUUUGAGAAAGAUGCAAACCAUCUUUUUUGUACAGGUUAUUUCCAUUCCAAACAGAGCUACCAUGAGAAAUAAAGCCAAAUCCUUGCUCCCGACACCAUUCACCAAGCCACAAAUUAAAGUCCCUAAUACGCAUCCGCCUGUCGUUCUGAGUGUUAUGCACAGGCAGAACUUCAGAGAAUGACAGUGUGGAAGCAACCUGCCGUAUAUCAUUGGCAAAAACACUAAAAACUUCCUUAACCUCUGAAACCUCAUUGCAAGCCAAGUCAUUUGUCCCUAGAUGGACAAGUACAUCCAAUUCCCAUUCCUGCUUUGCUCGCUUAACAAUAUUAGAGAUACGUCUCCUGUCUCUGUGAGCAGUAGCUCCGGGAAGACAUCUCACAAGACCACCAUUGUCUAUCUCCACACCUCUUAUGAUGGAAUCCCCCAACAACAACUGCUUUCUAUUAGGCCUCACCAUAGUCUCCAAGCCUCUCUCCACAACACCACUAGCCUCAGUGCCUCUCCCCACAACACAAUUAGCCUCAGUGCCUCUCUCCACAACACCAUUACACUCUGAAAGAGCAGAAAAUUAAUUAUGUAGAGCAACAGACUGUGCAAUAUGCCUUUUAUCAACAACUCUAAGUCUACCAGAUCCUACAGUAAUCCAUCUGCCAUUCCUAGUAUGUCUCUGCGGCAGUGACUUUGCAGCAGUUCCAGUCUGAGUUUGUUUACCAGAUAAUUUACAAAUCUCAGACUUCAAGAAUACAAUCUCCUGCCGCAAGAUAGAGAACUGUCUACAGAUUAGACAACAACCAAACCUCCAAAAAGUGGAAUGUGAAACAAAUGCAUAGCAUAGCAACUAUUACACUGAAACAAAUGCACAUCUUGGGCUUCAUCCCCAAAAUCCCACCACUAGCAACAUCCAUGCCAGGAGUAGACAAACUUCGGCACCCCAGAUGUUGCUGAUUACAUGUGGAGUGCCAAUUGUUGUCUACUCUACACAUUUAAUGGCCUAUGUCAUUAAAUGCUAAUCGACAUCCGUGGGAUCGCUCUCUGACUAUAUAAACCUAUUGUUAAAUUGAAGUUGCAAUUGCUUUGUAUCCAGGGCCGCCAUCAGGGGGUGACAAGCCCAGCGCCCCACAUUCCUUCUCUGCACAUAUAUAUAGCGAUGAUUGCUAUAUAUAUAUAUAUAUAUAUAUAUAUAUAUGUGCAGCCGCGGCCCCCCGGCUCCCUGUACUUGCAGGGGGGCCCAGCAGUCUGCAGCUGUAUGUUACAGCUCUUCCCUCUCUCUAACUCCCGCAAGAUGUGCAGCUGUCAGAGCGUUGCCACAGGUUACCAUGGCAACGCUCCAUGUGGCACACACAUCACGCUUGCGGGAGUUAGACAGAGGGAAGAGCUGUAACAUACAGCUGCAGACUGCUGGGCCCCCCUGCAAGUACAGGGAGCCGGGGGCCCACCAUGCCACUGGACCACCAGGGAUCAUGGAAUCUCCCCCCUCCCUGAACCAGGUAAGAAACAGGGAGGGGGGGGAUAACAGAAAUAACAUUUAAUGUGGGGGAUUUAACGUGGGGGGAGGGGAAAAUGCUUCAUUUGCACAACAUGCAUACACUAGUAAACACACACACUCUGCAUUCACUGCACUGAUCCACACUCUGCAUUCACUGCACUGACACACUCUGUAAAUGAUAAAAUAAUAAGAUGAAAGGGUCACUACAGGGAAGGGGUUUUACUUACCUGGAUACAGCGCCGGGAUCCUCCUGAUGUCGCGCCCCCUAUUUCAUCAAAAUGACAAAAUAGGAGGGUGCGAGCAGGGAGCAAUAAAACGCUUCUAUUCAGAAGUGUCAUUGCUCCCUGGUGCGCAUUCAUGUCUCGACUAGGAAGCACCUCUAGUGGCCAUCUGAGUGUCCACUGGAGGUAUUCCUCAGCAGUAAUGUAAAUACUGCCUUUUUACAAAAUGGCAGUGCUUACAUUAAAAAGCCUGCAAAGACAUGCUAUAGACACCAGAACUACUACGUUUAGCUGUUGUGGUUCUGGUGACUAUAGUGUCCCUUGAAUAUAGAGGUGAAAAAAGAAUCAUCACAAAUGUAAGAUAUAAAAUGUCUGUAUCAUUAUUCUAAAAAUUUAUUAAAAAAAAUAUGCACAUUCCUAGCUUAAUUAUUAGCACGACAUAUGACACAAACAUUUUGUACUUUGCAGAUUACUUUUUAUAUUUUUUUUAUACAUAUACACAUAUGUGUGUACGGGGGGCAGUGUGUGUACGGGGGGCAGUGUGUGUACGGGGGGCAGUGUGUACGGGGGGCAGUAUGUGUGUACGGGGGGCAGUGUGUGUGUAUGGGGGGCACUGUGUGUGUAGGUAAGGCUGGGGUGGACUUUUUUAAUAAUAUGAUUUUUUAAAAAUGUAUUUAAUUAAAAUUAAUAUUCCUCCCUUCUUACCUUUACUGGGAGGAGGGGGGACAUUUCUGGAUCCCUGGUGGUCUGGUGGUGAAUCCCUGGUGGCCCAGUGGUGAGAGUGAACUCUAGCCCGUAGCUCCAGGGCUAGAGUUCACUCUUGCGAGAUUUGGAGCGUUGCUGUGAUAACCGCAGCAACGCUCCGUGCUCGCGAGAAGAGGACCCGGAGGAGCUGCAGGUAAGAGCUCUAUCUGAUCUCCCUCCCCGGUCCGCAGGCACAUUGCAGAGCUAGCGCCUGCAUGUGCUGGCAGGGGAGAGGGAGACCGUCGGUUUUCGCGGGGGAGCAAUUGCCCCGUUGCCCCCCGGAUCCGCCACUUCUACAGACACUGCAUCUCGUACACACAAACACUACAUCCACUACACAAACACACCUUACAUCCACUAAUCAAACACACUCUGCGUUCACUAUACACACUGCUUCCACUACACAAACACACACUCUGCAUUCACAGCACAAACAGUAUCUAAUACACACAAACACUACAACCAUUACACACAUUCUAAUUCACUUCCACUAUACACACCACAUUCAGUCCUGCAUCAUUGUCAGCGGACUAUGUGGGAGUGAGGCGGGCGGGGGGGAGGGGCAUAGCUUGUGCUUUGUUAGGGGCCCCAAAAUUUCUGGUGGUGGCCCUGUUUGUGUCUGAUGAUAUUUUGUAGGUGUUUAAUGUCUCAAAUAAAGACAGGAAACAUUAUUUGAGUUGCAAAUUUUUUGUGAAUAGACACUCUAAUAUAAUCCAUUCUUAAGAUGUUACUGACUUAGGUAGUGACUAGGUAGCUAUGGUUUAUAAAAUGUUACUUGGGGAACUGAACUUAUGGGGUGUCUGAUGCAGAUCUCCGUGGGUUCUACUAAAAUAAAGCUUACUUGUGGGAUGGUUUGGCAGCUGAUUGAUACAUACUUAGUCCAGCUCAGCCUUGGCAUAGGUUUGCAGGCUAAGGAUUGUAACAUCUUACCUCCCUGCCCCUUUAUGUAGCAGGUGUCAACCAGCAGAGCUCGGCCGAAGCUGAGCACAGCGAUGCCACUUUAACAGCUGCCAUACUUAAAGAAGAUACAACUGAGGAUGUCACUAGGGAACCUGCUGCCGGUGACAAUGCAGAAAAAGCAGCAUCAGAGAAUCCAUUAAUGGGCAUCAGUCCUCUUCAACCGGAGUCUUCAUCCACAUCUGCCGAAGGUAUAAAUUUUCUCUCAAAUUAAUGACACUAAUUAGCCUGGAGUAAUAAUGACUGUGUCACCACAGCAUGCAGCAUCAAUUCCUAGGUGGCAGCUUAUAGAAAAUGCUUAAUUUGUUUACAGAGUUAGCUUCAUAGGGAAGAACUCUGCAUUCUAAUCUUCUAUCCCAUGCCUUCCUUUGUACAUUUAUUGUUGUUCUGCUUGUAUUAAAAGCGAGUGUCUGAUGUUAUUACUUUCCUGAUUCUCUGUCGGUAACAAAGUAUUAGGUGUUAUUGUAGAUAGUGCAGUCACACACAGGUAAGAAACACCUUUGCCCCGUGUAUUUAAUUAAGUUACCAUUUGUGCAGUUCUGGCUACAAUGGUUCUGUAGACAUGGCAAUGACACAUCUCCCGGAGCUCAGGCAGGCUUCAUUCUGGUUCCAUCAGGGUUCGUUAAAGGCAGAUUGAAUAUAAUGGGAUUGUAUAUUUUACACACGUCUGCAGUGCUAAGGUGAACACCCCUGAUCGGAUGUAGGAUGAGGGAGCAGGGAGAUAGCUCAUUAUUACUGCCGUGGUAGUGUAUGGUGUCAUUCCUUUAUGGCAUUUCUCACUGCUUUGCACCCCUGCACAAUCUAUUUAUCAUGGUAUAACUGCGUUUAAGGGUGUGAAAGACUAGAUGGGGCAUUAUGGGUCCAUAGCCAUUGCAGGAUUUUCUGUUAGAGGUUUCAAACAUGCGAUAGAUUCUAUGAUUGCUAAUACAGGAAUGAAAAAGGUAAAUGUUGAGUCCAGACUCUUCGUCUUCGUUUUGCCAUUUACUGGCAAAUUCAGAGGGUCGGGGGAAAAACUCCUCUUGAGGUUUGCACUCAAUGAACUUCUGACUAUCGACUUGGAGUGAUCAGCAGAAAAUAUGUUAUCUUGGUGUAGGGUCUGAAUGUAAGACAGCAUUGUAAGUAUUACUUUACAGACGGGCCUGUAUAUAAAGUGAACUGUUACAUUGCAACUACUAUUGUUUAAGCCAGGGGUAGUCAACCUUUUAAUAUCUACCGCCCAUUUUUGUAUAUUUGUUGAUGGUAAAAUUUUCUCACUGCCCACCAGGGGCGUAGUAACAAAUUUUAUAGCGCAAGUGCAAUUUAAAUUUAAAUCUUUUUUUAGAAAUGAGGGUUUUCUCUUUUUAAAAAAAAAAGAAAAUGUACUUACAUUUAUCUAUUUUUUCCCCAUUUUUUUAUUCUCCUUUUUUUAUAUGUGUGUGUGUGAGGUGCUGAGUGUGUGAAUGGUGCUGUGUAUGUCUGUGUGUGUUUAUGUGUGAAUGGUGUAGUGUGUGUGUGUGAGGGGCAGUGUGUGUGUGUGUGAGGGGUGCUGUAUGUGAGUAAGAGGUGCUGUGUGUUGGGGAAAGGUGCAGUGUGUUUGAGGCGCAGUACAUGUGUGAAGGAGGCAGUGCGUGUGUGAGCGGGGCAGUGCGUGUGAAGGGUGUAGUGUGUGUGUGUGUGUGUGAGGGGGCAGUGUAUGUAAGGGGUGUAGUGUGUGUGUGUGAAGGGUCCAUAAGGUCUAUGCUUUGUGUGGGUGGGUGAGAUGUAAAAAUCUAUGUUAAUAUCUCCCCCUCCUUUCUUCUUACCAUUUACCAGGGCGGGAGGGGACAUAAUGCUGCAACCCUGGUGGUCCAGUGGUGGCAUGUUCACUUUAGCGUGCAGCUCCUCUGGCUGCAGGCUGACACUUCUGUCCUCCUGCGAGCGCAGCACAUGGCAACGCUCUGACCAGCCUUCUCGCAGAAGGAAGACAGAGCCCCCCCAGGGCCUUCCCUCCCUCUGCUAGAACUAAGUGCCAGCAGGCCGGUGGGGGAGAUCUUUGAUCUCCUCACCAGCCAAAGAGGGCCUACAGCAAGGCUGACUCUUCAUGGACCGGCAGGGGAGAUGAAAGGAUCACCCCUGCAGGCCUUGGUCCUCGGCCAUCGAGGCCCACUGGGCGUUUUCUGCAGAACCCACCACCACCCACCUAAAAUCCCAAACCGCACACUACUGGGCGGUAGGGACCAGGUUGACUACCCAUGGUUUAAGCAUAUCCCAUUUCCUCUUACCUACCAGAAUACAUCCUGCAUACAUAGUCUACAUAUUAAGUGUUAAUAUUUUUUUAGGUUGGAAUCCAAUGUCUAAGGAGGACGUGUUCUUGUCUGUUUCAGUGUCUCCAGCUGUACGUAGUGAAGAACCAGUUAAAGCCGAUAACACAGUUACCAUCACCGCAGUGACAUCUGUUCCAUUCUCCUCCCAAGUGAAUGUAAUGGCUCCUCCUGUAAGGCAAGUCACCGCCACAGCCGGGGGUGUCCUGGAAAAGCCGGAUUCUGAAGGUACAGGUAACAAGUCUUUUAUUAAAGUGCGUGGAGACGGGACUGGCCGUUGAUUAUUUUCUUUGUGCUAUUAAUUAGCUAAGAGAUUUUUGAACCAAUGCACUGUGCGUACAGUAUCCCUUUAGUACAGAACCAUGGAUUCAGAUUUUUCUUGGUCUACCUUAUAUGAGAUAAGACUCCUCUGUUGCUCAAGAUGUUGUGCAGCAAUUGCAAUUCAGUUAUUUGUCAGCAAUUUACCCAAGAAAAAAUGGUGUCCCUAAAUAUAAACCUCAUAUUUUAUGAAAAUUCUGAUAAACUUACAAUGUGUCUUUUAUUUUUGUCUUGGAAGAGUCAGCAAGUGAUUAUUGAGCCUCAUCAAGAUUCCCAAGAAAACAAUUAGUGAGGAAUAUUUCACUUGAUAUUAGACACAUUUCAAUCAGUGUAUAGGUGGUGUUGAAAUUGUUCCCUUUUUAAAGCUGACUAGGUUUUCUUGUUGUGUGGGGUGCAGUAAUUAAGAACAUUUAUUUAUGUCAGUAAUUUCAACAGCAAUUUGUUAGACAAAAGAUCAAUCUCAACCUCUUUUUGCAACAUAAUGCAUUACUCUGUCCAAGAAACUUUCAUACAGUUAUCAGAACUUACACAACAUGUUUAUCAAAUAAUCUAUAAUGGGUACUAAUGCUAUUAAUGGACCAUGUGUUUGGGUACUAACGCUACUAACAGACUAUGUGUUUGGGUACCAAUGCUACUAACAGACCUUGUGUUUGGGUACUAACGCUACUAACAGACUAUGUGUUUGGGUACGAACACUACUUACGGACCAUGUGUUUGGGUACUAACGCUACUAACAGACCAUGUGUUUGGGUACAAACACUACUUACGGACCAUGUGUUUGGGUACUAACGCUACUAACAGACCAUGUGUUUGGGUACCAAUGCUACUAACAGACCUUGUGUUUGGGUACCAAUGCUACUAACAGACCUUGUGUUUGGGUACUAAUGCUACUAACAGACCAUGUGUUUGGGUACUAACGAUACUAACAGACCAUGUGUUUGGGUACGAACACUACUUACGGACCAUGUGUUUGGGUACUAAUACUACUAACAGACCAUGUGUUUGGGUACGAACACUACUUACGGACCAUGUGUUUGGGUACUAACGCUAUUAACAAACAAUGUGUUUGGGUACUAAUGCUACUAACAGACCUUGUGUUUGGGUAUGAACACUACUUACGGACCAUGUGUUUGGGUAUUAAUGAUAAUAACAGACCAUGUGUUUGGGUACUAAUGCUACUAACAGACCAUGUGUUUGGGUACUAACGCUAAUAACAGACCAUGUGUUUGGGUACUAACGCUACUAACAGACCAUGUGUUUGGGUACUAAUGCUACUAACAGACCAUGUGUUUGGGUACAAACACUACUUACGGACCAUGUGUUUGGGUACUAACGCUAUUAACAGACAAUGUGUUUGGGUACUAAUGCUACUAACAGACCUUGUGUUUGGGUACGAACACUACUUACGGACCAUGUGUUUGGGUAUUAAUGCUAAUAACAGACCAUGUGUUUGGAUACUAACGCUACUAACAAACCUUGUGUUUGGGUACUAACGCUACUAACAGACCAUGUGUUUGGGUACGAACACUACUUACGGACCAUGUGUUUGGGUACUAACGCUACUAAAGGGCCAUUUGUUUGGGUACUAAUGCUAGUAAUGGACCUUGUGUUUGGGUAGUAAUGCUACUAACGAACCAAGUGUUUACGUACUAACGCUAAUAAUUGACUAUGUUUGGGUACUAACGGACCAUGUGUUUGGAUACUAACGCUACCAACAGACCAUGUGUUUAGGUAUGAAUGAUACUAAUGGACCAAGUGUUGGGGUACUAAUGCUAUUAAUGGACCAAGUGUUUGGGUACGCCCCACAUCAUGACUUUUAACCAUAUUUGUAGUUGAUAUUGGGUAAUGAAUGUAUUACACAUUCUUGGCUAUUCCUUUGUUACAUUGUUUCCCGUAAUAUUUCUCCGGAGUCUUUAAUAUCACUUGCUCUGUACGUUGUUAUAACUGAGCUCCAUCACACUAGGAAUUCCUUUGUAUCUCUGCAGGAUGGCCAUUUUCUAAUUAAUCUUUAAUCUUCUGUAAAGAUUUAUAUUUUUAAGAUGAAUUAUCAAGGAUAACAAGCCAAUGGGAACACUUUACCCACUACAGCUUAAUUUUAUUUAAAAUAUGCAAUAUAACUAAGGUAUGAUUAGAUACAGCGAUACUAUUUAUUUUGCUUGGCAAUCAAUGGACUUACUUGGUUACCUGGCUCCCCCAAGCUACAUAGUUUAAGCACAAUGAUUGUAUAUACGUCCUAGCUUGUGUGCUUUGAUUCCAGUAGAGGGCACCACACUCCACAGUAAUGUAUACUUUUACCCAGAACAUGGGCUUUGUAUUGGGAUAUAGACGCAAAGCAACAAAUAUCAUUAUUUGUGAUUGAGUGAACUGAGAAUUAUAAUCCACAACCACACGAGUGACAGAAAUGUCUCUAUUUCAGAACAAAUGGCUUUCUGGAACUGGUAAAACAAUUUUUUUUUUCUGGGAAGAAUAUCUUGCAAUAAACAUCAAAAGAAUCUGAAUAGGAGUGUACAAUAAAUCUGUGCAGAAUAAUAAAAAGGGCUGCGUCACAUACAGAGGAGCGACUAAAUAACCAAAUAAAAUAUAAACCAACAAGGGUAUGUGAGCGCUCCAAAAAAUUAUGUCCACUAGAAAAAUUAUACUCCAAAACAGCAGCUGUAGAAUAAAAUAAAAAUAUACAUAUACACAAAAUAUUUAUUCAUAUAUAAACAAUGACAUUGAUCAAACAUAAGAACCAUGAAAAGAUCAUUAUAAAUAUAAAAAUGGUCAUAAAGAUGUGUCCAGACCAAAAUUCAAAGAUACAUAGUGUGGGGCCCCCAACACUAAUAUAGAUUAUGUAUCAAAGAGAAAAAAAAAAUUUUAAAAUGAAAAAAGAUUGUGCACAUCAAAUUAUAAAACAUCAAAAAAUGUCAAAAAAUGAAUAUCAGACCUCAAACACAUAUAUAAUUCAUGGGGGAGGGAGCUCAUAAACCCACCAAACCACUAGGUAAAGGUGAGGGGUGCCGCUAUGAAUAGUCUCCUAGUGUUAAAAACUAGGGAUUAAACCAGAGCAACUUACCCUAUUCACCUUACCUUCGUGUAAGGUAAGGGGAGCACGCCAACUCCCUACCACGGGACAAGAUGUGUGGGACUGAAUUCAACAGCUGCCGAAAAAAUCCCUCCCGGACCGUAAAUGAAGACGGGUAGAAAAUCAGAGGAGACGGUUUUCUGUUUUCCGUCUCCUCUGAUUUUCUACCCGACUUCAUUUACGGUCCGGGAGGGAUUUUUUCGGCAGCUGUUGAAUUCAGUCCCACACAUCUUGUCCCGUGGUAGGGAGUUGGCGUGCUCCCCUUACCUUACACGAAGGUAAGGUGAAUAGGGUAAAUUGCUCUGGUUUAAUCCCUAGUUUUUAACACUAGGAGACUAUUCAUAGCAGCACCCCUCACCUUUACCUAGUGGUUUGGUGGGUUUAUGAGCUCCCUCCCCCAUGAAUUAUAUAUGUGUUUGAGGUCUGAUAUUCAUUUUAUGACAUUUUUUGAUGUUUUAUAAUUUGAUGUGCACAAUCUUUUUUCAUUUAAAAAUUUUUUUUUUUCUCUUUGAUACAUAAUCUAUAUUAGUGUUGGGGGCCCCACACUAUGUAUCUUUGAAUUUUGGUCUGGACACAUCUUUAUGACCAUUUUUAUAUUUAUAAUGAUCUUUUCAUGGUUCUUAUGUUUGAUCAAUGUCAUUGUUUAUAUAUGAAUAAAUAUUUUGUGUAUAUGUAUAUUUUUAUUUUAUUCUACAGCUGCUGUUUUGGAGUAUAAUUUUUCUAGUGGUCAUAAUUUAUUUGGAGCGCUCACAUACCCUUGUUGGUUAAGAAUAUCUUGCACAAGUAAACAGAAAUGAAUAGUUCUCUACUAAUUUGAAUACAGGAGACCAACUUUAUUUAUAUUUAGUUUUUUUCCCCUUGAGAUCUAUGUGUUUUUUUGAAUUUUUAUAUUGUAUGAUCGGUGUGGUAGAAUACAGAGUAGUCUGGUUAUACUGCUGCCUUGUGUUUAAUUAGUAGCAGAUCGAGGACUAGUUUUGGAGAUAUACCUGUUUUUUUGUCCCCUCUGUCACAAUACAUUUGGAAUUUCAUAACCCACUUACACAAAUGUCCAAAACUAUGCACAUUACAAUGCAAAUUCUUCACAAUUUAUAUGCAUUGCGUAAACAGAAGACCUGUAUUAUUCUGCGGAUCGCAAAUCUGUUUUUCAAAACUGAUCAGUAAAAUUUCCAUCAUCUGACUGAGUUACCUAUAAAGUGAUGGGAUAAAAUUAAAAGACAGCUUUUGCCAUCUGGCGAUGGAAUCUGGCAGUAAACAAUAUUUAUUGUGUGAUCAAUACAGCAGUACAGGCAACACAAACACAAACAUAAUUCAUAAGUAGAUAAAACUGCCCUUCUCCAUAGUAUGCACUCAUGGCUCCUAUGGUUGGAGUCGGAAUACCCAGUAUUGCGGCUAUUUAAUAGACAUCCUCUUACUCAACAAGAAAUUAAACGGGCACGAAACUGAACCGGAUGAGAGAAGGCGUAGAUGCAAGUGGGGUCAUAUACUCUUUUUACACAUUACACCCCUAUUGCAAAUGCCAGGGUGCAUGGGUUAAUGCCAUCGGUUGUGCCUAGAUUUCCAGUAUUCUAUAUAGAAGUCUCUGGAGCCAAUUCUCUGGCUUUCUAGACGUGUUUGUCUAUCUCUAGAUUAUACCCACAUUUGCCAGCCCCUGCAGGGUCUAAACAACGAAGCAAACACCAAGUGUUCCAUAUGGAACGUUCAGCUCGGUAGCUAUCAACGUGAGUGUUAUUAACAGAAGGAGAACUUUUUAAGGAUCCUCCAAGUUCCCUCUGCUUUUUCGACAUCAGUAACAAGAAGAGAGACACAAACCACAACCAUUUCUUUCUCUCUCUCUUUCAUUCUGUAAAGUUUGAAGGCUUGCAUGCUACAUCUGUCCUCCGGCCACGCAGAACUGCCAGAGCAGGUAGAUUGUCAUUCAACUGUCGCGGUUUCAUUACAUCUUCUAACUGCUUCAGUGCCUCAUUGAUCUUGUGUCCUCUCUUGCUGACGUGCUUCUGUUUCUUCUCCUCUUUAGCAGGCUAAAUAUAGCCUGCCUUAAAUCACACCGGGGGCAUGCUGAAACCCACAUUGCAUUAAAAAAUAUAUCUUAUAAGGGGAAAUAAAGCUCUAAACAAUAAAAAACAAACAAACAAAAAAAAAUGUUCCUUGUUCCUCAAGUCUGGGCAAUGCAUAUAAAGGACAACUGUCACCAACAGUGAGUCUCUAUGGUUUCUGUGCAGGGAGUGAAGCAGGGAAGACCAUAGAGACUGACUGAAGGUUUCAAACACUGUCUGAUCCAACACUGAUGAAACAUCUUGUCAUAUACUAGAGGUAGGGAGGAGUUUUUUUUUUAUAUCUUUAGAUAUACUUUGUUUAUAAAACAAACAAAAAAAAACUUUUAUUGGGAUUGUAUAAGUCUGGGCCAUUAACUAAACAUGUGAAUUGUCAGGAAUUCAAAGUCAAUUCAAAGUGAAAAUCAAAUUUAAUGUUAAAAUAGCCAAACUGAAAACAUUGACUUUUUAUGAUUUGAAAUUCACUUUAAAUAAACUCUGACUUCUCAAAAAUUCACACUUAAGUGAACGACCCCAAAAGGUAUUUAGUAAAGAUGGAAUUGUCUGGAAUUCAUCAGUGAAUUGCAAUCAGAGACUUUGUCCAUUGCAGCUAUUUUUACCUAAAAUUAGCAAUUCCUGAUCGAUUCCUGACAAUCUGUGGUUUAGUAAAUACCUUUCCGUAUGAUUGUUGUCUUUCUCUCUCCCCCAUCAUUUCACUCCUACCAGCAGCAGUGCUAACAAGUCUGGCUGUUUUGGCCAGUGAUAAAUUGUUACAGGAAGGUGUUGGGUGGGUCCACCAUGAAGUCAUAUUUGGGAUGUAGUGGGUGGGACAGCACUCAAUUAUGGACUUCUAUUCCCUGAAUUUUACUUUAAUUACACCUAUAGCCAAAGUUCUCCAGUAGGUUUUUUCUUUAAACCUGGAGAGCAUCAAAGGCACGUGUUUUCUAAACCACAUCUUGCAGAAGGAACUGCAUCUGCUAACUUUGGAUGAGCCACAUUUUUCCAUAGUGAAAACAAUUUGAAGUGUGCUAGCUUGUUAUGUUAUUCAGAAAAAAAAAACAAAAAAAAAAAAACAGAACAUUAACAUUUAUGUUUUCUGAAUCUUGGUACAGAGGGAGAUGAAGAAGAUGAUGACGAAGAAGAUGAUGAUGAAGAUGAUGGAGAUGAAGAAGAAGAUGAUGACGAAGAUGACAAAUACACAGACUCUAUCAAUGAAAGCCUAGAAGGGGAUGCUGACUUGCCACCAUUCACACUUCCAGGUCUGUCGUCCCAGGAACCUCUCGAAGACAAAAAUAACGUUGUAUUGAUGGAUGGAACAGCUUAUCAGGUUCCCGACACACAAGAGUGGGAACAGCAGAACCAAGGAUUGGGUAAGAAAAAACCUUUGCAAUUCUUAUUAAGAAACAAAAACUAAU